GCUUUAUCAAAACCAAACCUAGCACCAAAAUAGAAGGCCACUGAUAGUAACCAUGCAUCGCUGUGAACAGCAACAAGAGACAACCAGUCCUUUUCCUGCAUCCCAUCUCUUGCAAAGUUAAUGCCCAAUGCUGGCUCUGGCAGCUCUGGUGGUACUUCCUCAGCAGGUAAAUUAACUUCCCACUGUUCAUUGGGGAAUCCAUACAAGCAGAGAUUCUCCUUCUCUGAAAGGCAUACCGUCAAUCAUAUAACAUAGAAACAAAGCACUAAGCAAGCACUCAUCGCUUAAAACAAGUCAGCUACUCAUUCACUUUUUGACUUUUAACAACAGUACAUUAACAAAAAUAAUAUUACGUGCAUCUCCAAGAAGCAUAAUUGCAGAAGAGGAAAAACAAAGAAGCUUUUCAUAGUUUCUUCUCAAGUUCUAUUGAGAUGGUAUGCAUUUGAAUACCCGCACAGGUAAAAAGCUAACGCAUUUGAAUACCCGCACAGGUAAAAAGCUAACCAAGUCUCUUUUAACAACAGUUUUACAAUUCAAAUUAGAACAACAUCAUGCAUCUUCAAGAAGCAUAAUUGCCAAAAAUAAUUUCCUUUUAGUUUC